AAUAGAGACCUCUAAGGAGAUAAUUUUUCACUCUGUUUCCCAGUCCAUCCCUCUUGCUUCUUCUAGUUCUAGACCUCCUCUAUCUGUCCAAUCCAUCCCUCUUGUUGCUUCUAGUACUAGACCUCUAUCUCAAAGUUUUGAUCCAUAUUUAGCAUCCAGUAUGGUUCUUGUCUCCCCGGUCAUGUGCAACAUCUAGAUUGAUUUUACAUAACACCGGCUCCAACAACCUCAGACAGUUUGUAGUUACUGAGUGAAGUGCUAGCUUGGUAAUCUUGCAAGAUUUUUCAAUCAUUCAGAUCUUAAAUAGAGAUGCCUCGUAGGGCAAGAGUGUACUAUGAGAAUUCAAGUAGCAAUUCGGAUGACGACCCUGAUUUUGUGGUUCCGAGAAACUCUAGCCACAGAUUUGCCUCUUCCACUAGUACUACUAACUUUCAUGGUGUGAGGAGAUCUUCUAGGAGGACGAGGUACAGGGUUAGACAAGCUCCCAUGAAUGCUGAGAUUGAAAAUGAGAUAAGACUUUCUGGAAGGGGGAGACAAAAUGUCAGCAAACCGAGAGAAGAUUCAACCAAGGUAAGGAAUGGCAAAUGUACCAUCCUGUCAUGGUUAAUUAAUUCUGGAACAAUCGAAGAAGGUACCAGAGUGUACAGGGAUGGAGAGGUUAGACUUGAAGGGAAGAUUUCUAGGGAGGGAAUUCUAUGUAGUUGUUGCAAUAGCACCAUUACAGUUAAGGAAUUCGAGUGCCAUGCAGGCAGUAGCAAGGACAAAGCUUAUAUGAAUACAUACACUGGUGGUAGAGGGACUAGAAAAUCCUUGUUGCAGUGCCAGAUAGAAGCAUGGAACAAGCAAAAAACGCCUGCAAGCAGUGGGUUCCAAACUGUAGAUGUCCAGAAAGACGAUGUUGAUAAGAACGAUGACAUUUGCAAUAUCUGUGGAGGUGAUGGGCAGCUAAUCUGCUGUGAUGUUUGUCCAUUGACAUAUCACGAGGAAUGUGUUGGAAUUAAGACACUUCCCCAAGCUCCUUUUCACUGCCCGAUCUGUGUUUGCUCGAUUUGUGGGAUGUAUGGUGCUAAACCCUUUUCAUUCAGGUGUUUUCAGUGCGAAGAAUUCUAUCAUUGGAACUGUCUUGGAGGAGCAGCUAUACCUGCUGGCAAUGUCGCCUUCUGUGGGAAAAAAUGUAGAGAGGUGUACAUUCAAUUGCAGAAGCUGCUUGGAGUCCCACAUCAAAUAGGGAAUGGAUUCUUAUGGACUCUAAACAAGCAUAUGGGUCCAGAGUCAGUAUCUCACCAUGGAGAAGAAAAGAGAAUGGAUUGUAACUCAAAGAUUGCUUUGGCAUAUGCAGUCUAUGAUGAGUGCUUCCAGCCUAUCAUUGACAGCAGGACUGGCUUGGAUAGGAUUCCAACUGUUGUUUUCAACUGUGGAUCAAACUUGAGCCGUCUUGAUUGUCGUGGGUUUUACACUUUCACCUUAGAGAGAAAAGAUGAAGUAACUGCUGCAGCAUCCAUCAGGGUUCAUGGGACUAAGCUAGCUGAAAUGCCAUUUAUUGGAACCAGAGAGAAGUAUAGGCGCGAAGGAAUGUGCCAACAAUUAGUUGACGCAAUUGUAUCUGUUCUUCUCUCCCUCAAAGUAAAGAAACUGGUCUUGCCAUCAGCCCCUGAAAGACUUGAUUAUUGGACAACACAUUAUGAAUUCAAACACAUUACUGAGAUACAAAGAAGAGAGAUGUUGUCCAUGAACUUAAUGGUGUUCAAGGAUACAACUAUAUUGCAAAAGAUCUUGUCACUGGAUGAUGGUUCAAUGGAAGGAAAGAAAGAAGGUAAUAAAGUUUUGAAUGGCGAUUAUGAACCAAAAUGCAAUAAUUCUGAAGAUAGUCCCAAAGACAAAGAAGAUACAAUGCCUACUUGCAGCGCAACUUCCAUGAACCAAGCUGAUGGUCCGAGGUACGUUAACAUUACAUGCAAAUGUCACAAAAGAGCUGCAAUCAAGGUAUCAGAGUCCAAAGAUAACCCCAACAAACUCUACUACACCUGUCCAGAGAUUAUAUAAGAGAGGAAAUGUGGAUUUUUUGCUUGGUGUGAGCCAGUGAAUGUGAUAUCAGUCAGAAGUGUACCAUCAAACAACCCCAGUCCUCCUGAUUUUCAACAGUUAAAGAAUGAGAUGCGUAGUUUGAAGAUAAGAUUGAAGCGGUUGGAGAAAUUCAAUGAAAAAUUGAAGCUUGUUGGACAAGUUGUUUUAUGUAUUGUGGUUGUUUUAUUGAUUGCAAUGGUUAUAAAAGUUUAAAAGUCUUUGUUAGGAUGGUAAUGAUGGUCGGGAUGGUUGGGAUGGUUGGGAUGGUUGGGAUGGUUUUUUAGGAUUUUGAGUGGAAUAGACAUAAUAUGGAACUUUUUGAAGAAACUUGUAUCUGAAUUGAAUAUGGUAAUUAGAAUGUUAUCUUAUUUCUACCA